AGGGGGAAUAUAGAUAAGCUAAAGACUGAUAAGAACGCGACAAAAGUGAAGAGUUACUGUGGUCCGCCUUGAGAUACAUUACUGCACGAGCCACGGUGCAAAGGACGUCGGAAAAUGAGAGACAGGCUUCGGGAAUUGCAGGAGCACCAGGAGAGUUUAUCAGUGACAUCGUCGACAUGGUACGACGAGCCCGACAAAAAUAGAUUAAUAGUAGCAUCGUACAAAAGCGAUGUUAAACACAAAGUGAUAUCCCGUAUGGUAAGACGUAAUGUAAACAUGAUGCUGAAUCUAAAGAAACAACAAAACAAUGAUCCAAAACAUUUCGAAAGUUCUGUCAAAAACCUCCAGGAUAAGUUGUCGGUCAUACAGAAUCAUAUAAAGGAUGUGCAGUAUUCGACGAAAAAACUGAAGGAGCUGCACACAAAGGCUCUCAUGGCAUUAAAAGUAUCAACAGACGAGGAAGCUGAAAUGGGAAAGCUGAUCGCCAAUGGCAGAGCGGCUGCAAAACUCGCAUCUAGUCACUUAGCCGAGUUGGAUCACAUGGGCAUCGAUGGCGCUCCCGAGAUUCAGAGUAAGCUAACCCACAUUAGACAAAAUCAGGUGUCCUACGUCCGUCUGUGCUUCAUGACCGCCAUGGAACAGUUUGAAAGGGAGCUCGAUCGCUAUGCCAAAGGACUGCGCCAAAUCGUAUCAAAACAGAUUGCUAUUGUGAGUGGUGACACAGACCCCGCCCACACGCAGGACUGCAUAGAUACGGGGAGGAUACUCGCCUUUGUCGAUAACUACCAGCUGGAGGAGCAGCAGGCCAAGGAUAUGCUGGAAGCAGUGUCUCAGCGCCAAACGGAACUCGAGGCGCUCGAGAAGUCGAUCACUGAAGUGCGAGACUUGUUCGCCGACGUGGCUGUGUUGAUCGCCAUGCAGGGAGCGGUGGUGGACAAUAUUGAGAUGCUCGUCGAGAGGGCCGCUGCGGAGGCGACGAAGGGUAACAAGCAGUUAAAGUCUGCCGGGAAGAAACAGAGGUCCGCGCGCAAGAAAAAAAUUAUUUUGGGAGCGAUUGGUAGCGCCGUUGCAGUGGGGCUGAUAACGUUAGUGGCCAUAUGACGGACAAGUCAAGACAAGGCUGUUCAACCACCAAUAACCUAUUUUGCCGAAAUAAAGAUAUAUUUUUGUAUUUUUACCACAGA